AUGGCAGACAAGAAGUGGCUGUUAGGGCAUGGGCCGCUGGAACCAAUGCCCCCGGGCAUGAACUACAAGCCCUGGUACAAAGACAAGUUACCUUCCAAGUGUUUCGCAAAGCACAAGAACAAGCUUCUGAAUUUCCCUACUUCUCUGGAUAGCCGGCAGUGGAUAUUUGUGAAAGAGGGGCUGGACGACUUCAGGAGGGGAUGUCCAUCUUGUGAAGAUCUGAUCACUUACGGCCCUAAGGAAGGCUUUCUUCCCGUGAUUGCUCACAGAGUUCCCAAACCUGCCCCUAAAAAGAGUCAGAAAAAGCUGACCAAGGAAGCUGACCUGUUUUCCACGCAGUCACCAGCCCAGCAAGCACGGAAGGCAUUCAUUGAGGACAUUGAAGCCCACCUGACCGAGCAUCCCUUGGCUCUCUACCCAAGUCUGCAGGAAGAUCUACCUCCAGACCUGUUAUUAAAGGUGCUAGAAGUGCUUGAUCCUGACAAGAAGCUGAAGGACACAUGGGCUUACUGUCAGAACCCUGAGAAAAGAAUGAAGUCCCCCACAAAGCUUUGUGAGAAAAAUCCUGCCAAAGUCUACCUAAAACCUCCCAAGAAGACUCCUGGGUCACGUCCAGAUAAAUUGCCUCAUGAAGAAAAGGAGUCAAGCACAAAGGAAUUGCUCAAAACUCCUCCUCUUCAUAGAAGAAUACCAAAAGGAAUCCGUAAAUUCUGUAAAUGGGUUGCUACUUUUGGAGACUUGGGCAUUGAUGAAGAGUUCAUCAUGAAACAGUUAGAAAUUGGCUAUGAGUACAAACCAACCUAUGACAUAUGCUGCAUGAAGAAAAUAAACCAUGUUCCUUUGGAUCUAAAGUACAGAGAGGGGCUAGAUAAAAUGGAAGAUAUAAAAUUCUCCUUAUACUGGGAAAACUGGGAGAGGAAACUCCAGAAACGAAAGAAUCCUUAUAAACCCAACUGGGUAAAGAUGAGGUAUGGAGCAUGGUACCUGAAGCCCAAGUUGUGGAAAAAGCUAAUAAAUGAUGAACCUUUAAUUGACCCCAAGUUCUCAUUUGAAGCUCAAGACGGGAGAUAUGGAAAGAAGCUCCCUGAACAGGAUAUUCUUGAAGAUCUUUAUGGAACAAUUGCCUUUAAAGAUUUCAUUCUAAGCAAGGGCUACAGGAUGCCAGGCAUCCUUGAGAAGUUGUUCACCAGGAAGGGAUGGAAAUAUGAUUCUGUUAGGACUCCUAUACACCGAGUAAUAAAAAUGUACCCAAUUUUAAAAGAAGAUUCACAUGAAGAUGUUUAA